AUGCCCAUCUGCAUCGAGUGCUCAUACCCGGUCUCGCACCUGUAUAGCGCCUACAGUCGUGCCGAUGACCGCUCCCAGGGUAAAGGCGUGCGAUUGACCCAGUGUCCGCGCUGCCAACGCUUCGCCGACAAAUACGUUGAAUACGACUUUGUUGUGAUCUUCAUCGACCUUGUCCUCAUCAAACCACAGGUCUAUCGCCAUCUCCUGUUCAAUCGACUUGGACGCGAUGACAAUCGAUUCGAUCGAUCAAUCAUCCGCCUGGGAAUCCUCCUUCUCCUAUUUGACGUCUACCUGACCUGGGCCCGUCUCGAAAAGGACCCCUCGCUCGCCACAACCUUCGUCGCGCGCGCCCCAAUCAUCGUGCAAUACCUCUUCUUCCUGACCCUGAACGCGGCAGCAACAUUCGCGCAUCAUCUCACCGUUCGCCUCCUCGCCUCAGUAUUGGUCCCAAAGUCCCACCGCUAUGUCGCCGCCGAAUCGGCCAGCGCCAACACGACCAGCACAGGCGACACCACCCCCCUCCCAUCUGGCCCUCCAACACCUACGAUCAGGGCAUCACCCCCGCGCAGCUGCACUUUUACAAAAUCCACACCUAAUACCCCCUUCAACGACCCCCCCUCCUUACUAGACCCAUCACUCCUUCCACCAAGUGCCAUCCCAGCACCACAGCGUCCUCCACCCCUCCUCCGCGCCUCAACAGCACCACCACAGAACAUCCAACCCCUCCCGCCUCCAACAGCCGCAAGCCCAACAGCAAUCAGCACCGCACUGCUAGUCAGCAGUUGCGCAAAGCUGUUCCCUAUUCUCCUCGUAAUCUGGGGCGCCGACGGCAGCGGCAACAGCAACUUGAGCGACAUACAAGCCGGAAACACAGGUGCUAGGAAAGAUAUGGGUGCAUCGAAGGCGGCACUCUCUUCCAACCGAGACUCGGCAUCGCCUUCAUUUCUGGAAUCGUUCCUUGCGGCCGCAGAGUCCUCGCUCCGACCUUAUCUACCGACGCGGUAUGUGACUGGCCUGUUCGGUGUCCUUGCAUCGUUGUUGUCACUGGGCGUUGUGGAUACGCAUCUCGUGCUACUGAGUAAUAUCGAGGCGCUUUAUAUUCUGCUUGGAUGUGGGUAUCUGCGCGCCGUGGCCGUUGCUGUUGCGGGGCAGAUUGCUCGGUGGGCAGUGCAAAGAGUCAUUCUGGGUGCUGUCGGAGUUGGAUAA